GAAGAAUUGAUUGGCUUUAUGCUCAGUUGAAAAUCAGCACAUCGGCCAGUCAGCUGACCCGUCUUGUGAUAGCAGCCACCAGCCUCUAGCAGUCGUAUCGGGAGUAUUCGCUUUAUGAAACGCUGAACGUUGUUGUAGAUAUAUCACUCAAGCGUAUAAAUAAAAUACACAAUGACGAGCCACAGGCUGUCAAAAAUUGGACACGAGGAGAAAGAAUCUAAAUUUGGAUAUGUCUAUGCCGUUUCUGGGCCCGUUGUUACUGCGGAGAAAAUGUCAGGCUCCGCUAUGUAUGAAUUAGUUAGAGUUGGGUAUUACGAGCUGGUGGGAGAAAUCAUUCGUUUAGAAGGGGACAUGGCCACUAUUCAGGUAUACGAGGAAACCAGUGGCGUUACCGUAGGGGACCCUGUACUUCGAACGGGAAAACCAUUGUCGGUAGAAUUGGGCCCUGGAAUAUUAGGCAGUAUUUUUGAUGGUAUACAGCGCCCAUUGAAGGAUAUUAAUGAGCUUACCAAUUCCAUUUAUAUACCAAAGGGUAUCAAUGUACCUUGUUUAUCACGUGCCGCAUCAUGGGAAUUUAAUCCUUCGAAUAUAAAGAAUGGCAGUCAUAUAACUGGCGGUGAUCUCUACGGUAUAGUUUAUGAAAAUACCUUAGUGAAGCAUAGAAUGAUUUUACCUCCAAAGAGCAAGGGCACUGUCACUUACAUCGCGCCAAAUGGAAAUUAUACGGUCGACGAUGUUGUAUUGGAGACAGAAUUUGACGGCGAGAGGCAAAAGUAUACUAUGCUUCAGGUAUGGCCAGUACGUCAACCCCGGCCAGUUACGGAAAAAUUGCCGGCUAAUCAUCCGUUGCUUACUGGACAACGCGUAUUAGAUUCACUUUUUCCGUGCGUACAAGGAGGAACAACGGCUAUACCUGGUGCCUUUGGAUGUGGAAAAACAGUAAUUUCUCAAGCUUUGUCCAAAUAUUCCAACUCCGACGUUAUCAUAUAUGUAGGAUGCGGAGAGCGUGGCAAUGAGAUGUCCGAAGUGUUACGUGAUUUUCCCGAAUUAACCGUCGAAAUCGAUGGCGUUACCGAAUCCAUCAUGAAACGUACGGCUCUGGUAGCUAACACUUCAAACAUGCCUGUAGCUGCUCGAGAGGCUUCUAUUUAUACCGGUAUCACUUUGUCCGAAUACUUCAGGGAUAUGGGCUACAAUGUUUCGAUGAUGGCAGAUUCUACUUCCCGAUGGGCAGAAGCGUUGCGUGAAAUAUCUGGUCGUUUAGCUGAAAUGCCUGCGGAUUCUGGUUACCCUGCAUAUCUCGGAGCUCGAUUGGCCAGCUUUUACGAACGUGCAGGAAGGGUAAAAUGCUUAGGAAAUCCAGACAGAGAGGGAUCCGUUAGUAUCGUCGGUGCCGUCUCUCCACCAGGUGGUGAUUUCUCAGAUCCUGUAACUAGCGCUACGCUUGGUAUAGUACAGGUCUUCUGGGGAUUGGAUAAGAAACUUGCACAACGCAAACAUUUUCCAUCGAUUAAUUGGCUUAUAUCGUACAGUAAAUAUUUGCGUGCAUUAGAUGAUUUUUAUGACAAGAACUUCCCAGAAUUUGUACCAUUGAGAACAAAGGUAAAAGAAAUAUUACAAGAGGAAGAGGAUUUGUCCGAGAUCGUGCAGCUGGUUGGUAAAGCUUCCCUCGCAGAAACCGACAAGAUUACAUUGGAAGUUGCGAAACUUUUGAAAGACGAUUUUCUCCAACAGAACAGUUACUCCCCGUACGAUCGUUUCUGUCCAUUUUACAAAACUGUAGGAAUGUUGAGAAACAUGAUUGCAUUUUAUGAUAUGGCAAGGCACGCGGUAGAAUCUACCGCUCAAUCUGACAAUAAAAUUACAUGGAAUGUAAUUCGCGACAGUAUGGGAAAUAUUCUUUAUCAACUAAGCUCGAUGAAAUUUAAGGAUCCUGUAAAGGAUGGAGAAACUAAGAUAAGAGCCGAUUUCGAUCAGUUACACGAAGAUAUCCAACAGGCAUUUAGAAAUUUAGAAGAUUAAUUUCUUGCGAUAGUAUCAACUAGCAAUGUCACUUGCAACAAUCUUGUUGGAUCACUUUCAUUUUUAGAUGGUUUGUGAUCAAAGGAUAUCCCGAUUUAAUUUAAAAGUAAAAGGAAAGAAAAAUCAAAACGGAGAGCAAAGAGAAGGCAGUUAAAGAACUAAUCGAUAAUUUUCUUUCAUGAUAAUAAAUUAUACUUUAAUGAAGCAGUUAAAUAUGUGUAAUGCAUUAAAUGUACGCUUUUGUGUAUAUUAGAUGAUAAUGCACCUUUCAAAUGCAUAUAAAUACGCCUAAGACAAUAAAGCGCGGGAUGUUCUUAGAUACCUCUCUGUGUCACUUGGGAAUGUCUUUAAAAUUCUUAUAUAUUUACUUGCAACAUUACUUGCGAUAGAAUCACUUGUAAAUUAGGAAAUUAUAUAAAAUUAGAUGAGAUUUCAGUUAUGCAAUAAAUUCUUAUCGCUUCCAUCUUCUAUACAUUUGUUUGUAUAAUACGGAUGUCAAAGUAUCGCGUGAAAUCCUUUUUCUGUCUAUAGACAGAAUGAUAAAGGCAAACAAUUAUCUAAUAGAUUUUUAAUCUAUGGUGAAGAUACAGAAUAUCACUGUAUUUUUCACUGAAUUUAAAAAGCCGCUUUAUGCCGUUAAUUCAGUGCAAGAAAGACAUGUUACCAUUAGCUAUAAUGUAUACAAUCAUUCAUUCUCUUCUCUCGUUAGUGGAGGAGGAAGGAGGUCUUUUCCAUUUUUUUUUCUUUUUUUCUUUUUUUCUCUUUUUUUUCUUUUUCUUUUCUUUUUAAGCAUAGAUAAUCAAUCAUUGCUGUAGUAGAGCGCAAAAUGAAAAAUUAUAUACUAUAUAUUUGUUGUUUCAGUAAAACGUUUGACGUUAAUUCUAUUGUAAAAUAUGUAAAAAGUAAAUAAAAGGAAUAUCUUUACCAAACGGUUGUAUUUUAAAAAAGACAAACAUUUGAUCACUUUUAUCAGAUUAUUUUAAUGUGACGCGAUGACGAUCAAUAAUAAUUACGUAACAAUGCAGUAUACUAUGUACAUUAACGAUAUAUUACAAUUAUUUACUGCCUAAUUAAAGUUUAGUUGUGUUAUUUACUAUGUAUGCGCAAAUAUCACAUUGUUGUUUACACAAACGUAAAAGUACAAUUAAUACGUUUUACAUCCCAUCCUAGUUUCUUGCAUACUCUAUACUACAUUAUUCGCGCGUUAAUAUAAGGUAAGUAUUAAAAAUAAAAUAUAUCCAAUAAUAUUCACAAAUAUUCAAUUGGAUAUUUGCAGAUCAAAAAAUAUUCAUAAUUGUGAUUGCAUCUGUAUGACGAUGGUCAAAAAUUUUCUCCCGAUAAUUAAUCCAUUAUUAAAUUUAUCUACACAAUUGUAUAAACAUUUCGAAAUAAUUACUAAAGAGAAGAAUCUAGCGUAAAAUCAUUGUAUCCGAUACAAUAAUGUCUGACGAACAUUGGGCCAAUUUACUGAUUUAAACAUAAUAAAUUCAAACGCGAUGGUGAUAAUAUAAAUAAGCAAUAUAUUUGUAAACAUAAAACACAAUAGUAACGUGUUUAUACCUUGGUGGUCAAUUUGGUUGCAGGUUUAAAAAUAUACAAUAUCAUCAAGUGGAACACAUAACUCAAACUCUCAUUAUACAAAUCCGCUUUGUUUAUGAUAAAAGAAAUUUUUUUGACCUGUUAUAUAGAUUGAGAAAGAACGUACAAUUUUAUAAUAUAUAUAAAACUUGACUGUAGAAACUAAACGUUUUAAUCCCGUCUUUGGAUUAGAAGAAAUAUUUUCAUAUAUUAAAAUAUUGCAUCGUGUUUUCAUAGCAUCGGCAAUGCUAUCUCUCUCUCGCACACUCGCACACUCGCACACGCGCACACACGCACACACCUAUACGCAUUCAUAAAUUUCGGUCAUUCUUAUUACUUUCAAAAUCCUAAUUAAAUGAUAAUUAAAAUAACAAUUAUUAUAGCGCAACUUACAUAGACACUGCUCAAAUAACAAUAUUAACAAAGUAUACUUUAAACCACAGCAUUUAAAAUGCAAUUUGCAUAUUUGAGGUGGUAAUAAUUAUAAAAGACCGUUCAUGAUUAUUUAUUAGGAUAUUCUAAUUCAUCUAAUUGUAAGUAAAUAUUUAAUCAAAUUCUGAUACGAUUCCAAAAUCAUAGAAUUUACUACAAGUCGAUGUCAGUUUAAAAAACAGCAAACAGUAAAAUAAAAGAGAGAGAGAGAGAGAGAGAGAGAGAGAGAGAGAGAGAGAGAGAGAGAGAGAGAGA